UUUAUUUUUAGACUUCAGUGAAGCGCAACAGCGACUGUAUGAAGUUCAGUGGUCCUGAGAGGAUAUAUUCGCGUUAAACUGUUGCGUGGAGUUUAUUUCACGCGUGUGGGUGAUCGUGAUAUGAAUACAGUUUAAACGUUGUGCGUGGAUUAAACUGCGCGUUUUAUGAAGCGCAGCAGCUGAGCCUCGCGCGCAGAGGCGCUUGAAACUUAAUGGACAUGAUAACAUCUACCGUUACCUAAUUAAUCGCUUUCAAACGUCAAGGAAACUUUUGACGCAGAAUACACCCGAAUUUUUUGGAGAUCAUGCAACUGAAGUCUGGGUAUACGCUGACCCAUGGAGUCUCCUCAGGGACAUUGUGAUGUCAGUCAGGGUAACGUUAGAGUAAGUUUAAUGCACAUUCAACACCCGCACGCUUAAUUCAUCGGUUCGACCCGUUUUGGCAAUGUCGGCGAUAUCUGCGUGUGAGAAAGUGGACGGAUUCACGCGGAAAUCGGUGAGGAAGGCGCAGAGACAGAGGAUUUGUCAGGGCUCGUCACAGUUCGCUGCGAACAGCUGCAGGCCCGCGCUUCCGGAGAUCUCCGCGCUCCCGCUGCUCAAAGAUGCAUCUACCACAGAGCAGCAGGAGUUGUUUGUGCAGAAACUUCAGCAGUGCUGCAUAAUGUUCGACUUCUUGGAUUCGGUUGCAGACCUCAAGAGCAAAGAGACCAAGCGUGCCACCCUCACUGAACUCGUAGAGUAUGUGUCUACUAACAGAGGCGUACUGGUAGAGCCGGUCUAUCCUGAGAUCAUCAGCAUGGUCAGCACAAAUUUAUGUAGGACCCUUCCACCGAGUGAAAUCCCAGACUUUGACCCAGAAGAGGAUGAACCCACGCUAGAGGCCUCCUGGCCACACAUGCAGUUGGUGUAUGAGUUUUUCCUUCGAUUCCUAGAAAAUCCAGACUUCCAACCAAGCACUGCCAAACGUUACAUUGACCAGAAGUUUGUGCUACAGCUCUUGGAUCUGUUUGACAGUGAAGAUCCUCGUGAGAGGGAGUUUUUAAAAACGGUUCUGCAUCGCAUCUAUGGGAAGUUUCUGGGUUUGCGUGCCUUUGUUCGGAAACAGAUCAACAACAUUUUUCUAAGGUUCAUCUAUGAAACUGAGCACUUUAAUGGAGUCGCUGAACUUCUAGAGAUUCUGGGCAGCAUCAUCAAUGGCUUUGCUCUUCCACUGAAAACCGAACACAAGCAGUUCCUGACGAAGAUCCUCAUUCCCAUGCACACUGCCAAGGGAUUGGCACUGUUCCAUGCACAGCUGGCGUACUGUGUGGUGCAGUUUUUAGAAAAGGAUCCUACGCUCACUGAGACGGUUAUUCGGGGACUUCUUAAAUUUUGGCCAAAGACGUGCUGUCAGAAAGAGGUCAUGUUUCUAGGGGAAAUUGAGGAGAUCUUGGAUGUCAUUGAACCCACCCAGUUCAAGAAGAUACAGGAGCCCUUAUUUAAGCAGAUCUCUAAAUGUGUAGCCAGUCUUCAUUUUCAGGUAGCGGAGCGUGCACUGUACUUCUGGAACAAUGAAUAUAUUUUGAGUCUAAUUGAGGAGAACAAUGACAAAAUCCUUCCCAUCAUGUUUGGAAGCUUGUAUCGGAUCUCCAAGGAACACUGGAACUCGACAAUUGUGGCCCUGGUGUACAAUGUAUUAAAAACACUGAUGGAGAUGAACAGCAAACUGUUUGAUGAACUAACAGCCUCAUACAAAUCUGACAGACAGCUAGAAAAGAAGAGAGAGCAGGAAAGAGAGGAACUGUGGAGGAAACUAGAUGAACUGAGACUGCAGGAGAAGAUCCAGAACAAUAGACAUGACAUCCAGUUUACUUACAGCAACAAUAAUAACAACAACAACCUUAAGGAUGAAAGCCCUGCCAGAGCCAUCACAGACAGCACUGAGAAACUCACCUGCGCUGAGUGAUACAGGACGAUGCUGUUUUCACAUUAUUUUGUAUUGUACUGGCGUACACAUGUAA